AAUAUUAUAAAAUAUCAUUGGCUUCAACACUAUAUAUAACUGUUUACUAAAAUGGUGCAUGACUAUUUCGACAAAUUUACUUUUCUGUGCGAAAUGUAUGAUGAAGCAGAGAAAGAAGUGAAGGAGCUGAUAUUGAACUUCUUCCCAUUCGAUAAUUCAGUUCAAGUUAUAGACCCCAAGAAGGGAAAAAACUUAGUAAAACGAGUGCAAUUACCUCCUCUCAGACUGGAAAUGCUUGAAAUUGGAAAUAUUGUAAAUAUAUUUUCAAAAUUACUGCACAUUAAAGACUGUGCUCCAGCGACCAAACGAGAUCUGUUCAAGAACUAUGAAAGAACUUUCGCUCUCAUAAAACCGAUUCCAGCCAGUGAACAUGGUAAAGUUAUAACGUUCAUCAUGAAGCACGGUUUUCGUAUAGUUCGUAUGAAAAACGGAAGAGUAAGCAAGGAUUUUGUCAUGCAAAUGUAUCGAGAUAUUGAUGAUAAUCAAACGCUACCAGUUAUCAUUGAUUACGUAACAUCUGGAGAAGUUAUUGGACUGGAACUGGAGGGCGCUAAUGCGAUCGAGAAGUGGCGGGAGUGCUUAGGAGCCACGGAUCCUUCGGAAGCGCUACCCGGCACCCUGCGCAACCUCUAUGGAAAAAAUAAGCUCGAAAACGUUGCUCACGCGUGCAAAACAUCGGAAUCAGUGAAAACGGUCCUUGAUCUCUACUUUGGUUUCGACGAUGGAAAACCAAAGGUUCCUUUUCAAGCUACUUUCAAAAACUGCACAUGCUGCAUUAUCAAACCUCACGUUUUGAUUGACGGCAAUGUUGGAGCUAUACUGGAGCAAAUCGUUACUUCUGGAAAGUUCUACAUAUCGGCCAUAGCAAUGUUCUCAGUGACCCUGACUGACGCCAGAGAAUUUUAUGAAGUAUACAAAGGUGUUCUACCGGAGUAUGAGGAUAUGUGUGUGCAUUUAGCAGAAGGUAAAUGUAUUGCCUUAGAAGUCAAGUGUAUUGAUUCCAAAUUGAAUUGUGUCUGUGAAUUCAGAAAGGAGUGUGGACCUAGAGAUCCCGAUUUGUGUCGGCAACUAUAUCCCAAUUCUAUUAGAGCACAGUAUGGCAAAUCUAUAGUCCACAACGCUGUUCAUUGUUCAGAUCUCACAGAAGAAGGAGAAAUUGAAGUAGAAUAUUUCUUUAAAUUGUUAGCAACAAAAUAA